AUGAUCCCCACUGACGAGGAAUCCAACUUCUCCACCUUUCGCGACUGCCUCUCCGAGCCCGUCAUCCGCAAGCUUGCCAUCCAACCACCCAAGGCUACCAAGCGCCGUGGAGCCAAGAAUCGCAAAAAUGCAAUUAAGCCCGUUCAUCCAAAAGACGAGCAGGACGAUACGCGUCAAAGCAACGACGCCGAGGAGCUCGGAGAAUUCAUAGAGUAUCUCGCCCUCGAAAUCUUCCCCUCCCUCCCAACCGACCUCCGCACACUCUCGUACGCAGCCACACAGGCCGACGCCUCCCUCGCCACCAAGUACGCCGACCCGCUCUCGCCGCAACUCCUCGACGCCAUCACCGCCCCGCUACCCACCUCAGUCAGCGACUCGCUCACCUCAUACCACCUCCUCCCCGCGGACGACGACGACGGGCCGACGGCAGCGCUUCCCGCCUUCCUCGGGCCGGUGCUAACAGCGUACGCAGCAACCGUCGCCGCACCACCGCCGGUGUGGGCGCAGACGCGGGCGGCGGCGUGCGAGCUGUGCGAGCGCGACUGGGUGCCGCUGACGUACCACCACCUGAUCCCGCGGUCGGUGCACGCCAAGGCGGCCAAGCGCGGGUGGGUGGCCGGGGAGUGGGAGCUCAACAAGGUCGCGUGGUUGUGCCGCGCGUGCCACUCGUUCGUGCACUCGGUCGCGGGCAACGAGGAGCUGGCGCGCGAGUGGGCGAGCGUCGAGAGGUUGGCGGAGCGCGAGGAUGUGCGGAGGUGGGUGAAGUGGGUGAGUAGGGUGAGGUGGAAGAGCAGAUGA